UUGUCCUGUGAACUUCGUCGCGCUCUAGAGUCCUGCGGAAUUUUCACAUUUUCCUCUGCUUCGGUGUGAGUGCUACGUGUUUUGUGCGCGCGUGUGUGUGAGUGGCGCCAAGUUUUUUGGCCUUAACUUUAACCACCAGUAAACAACAACAAAACAGAGACAUUGACAAAAGAAAAAAGGAAAAAAAAUAGAAAAAGGACACAGGACAACACAGCCUGCGGUCAGGGAAGCCGCAAUCAAAAAUUGUAAACAAACUCUGGAAAUUGAGAAAAAUCAACAAAGGAAGACGACGCCGCCAAGUAGGCAACAAUUCUGCUGCUAGCCAACAUGGAAAUGGACGUUAAUCGCCCGAAUGGCCGCCAUGGCAACCUAAUGACCAUAUCCGCCCGCUGCUCGAAUAACAAUGCAGACGGAGGGCCGUUGGCAGGAAGUGAGGCAACUUCCGGUGUCCCGCCCAGCGGCUGUUGCGGCAUCUUGAGCCGCCUCCUUUGUGUGAGCCGCCAUAAGGCCACCCAAUCGGUGGCGGGCAGCGAUCCCUUCUCCCAGCUGCAACUGCAGCGAAAAGGGGCAGGAGGAGGAGGAGGAAGUGCAACUGCAGCUGCGACUUCCGGACAGCGACGACGCAGGACGCCGCAGGAAAUCUACUUCGAGAGUCGCGGCAAGUCCUGCAAGAAGCUAUUGAAAUUCAAUGGUAAUUCCAACAAGAUACUGCUGUAUCCCGAGGAGGGUUGGGCGCGCACCGCCUCGUCCAGUUACUGGACCAUCACGCCCUGCUUUUGGCAGCCCAAUCGCUGCCGCAUUGUCGAGUGCUCCGGAACCCAGCGGCGCGCAACGAAAGCCAGGAUGCUGCCGCUGGAGCAGCAGGGAUCUCUCCUGAUUGCUGGACACUUUCGCCGGACAACGGCGAUGGGCGGAGGAGCGGCAUCGCCGGCGGGGGGCGGGUCGAAUGGCACCGGGUCGGUGGCUGCCACGCCCACUCCUGCAAUACCCGCCAGUGCAAUACGGACGGGGGGGUUGGCGAGCUGUGACAAAUCGCCGCCCGCGUGGAACGACGAGUUCAAGCUGUACCUCACCUCGAACAUCUCGAUGGAGGACUACAACAUGGGCUACUGCCUCACCGGAUUCGUGGAGCGCCGCUGCCAGGUGACCAACACCUUCCAGAUGACUCACUUUGCGGUCAUCAAGCGCCAGUGGCCACCGUCGCCGUCCAACCUGGGCAACUCCUAAGGCCCCUGAACCCCAUUUUUGUAAUUGUGAUCCGAUCUUUUGUUUCGAAAUUGAAGCGAAAUGAAAUUGUAUAAGGGACUGUGGCUGUUUUCAUAUUCAGAGAA